UUCCGGCGGAAGUUGCUGGGCGUGGAAAGCCAGCAAGCCCUUCCGCAAUCGUCGCUCCCGCGCGCACGUGGGCGACGCGUGAGGGCGAGGCCCCGCCUCCCCACGCCAUUGGCCAGCAGCUCGUCGGGCACGCGUAUACUGCGCUUCCGGGCAAGCUCCGCCCCGCAUGGCCUUCUGGGAGUUGUAGUUCGGUCGCGAGCGCUGCCGUCGGGAGGCUGCUCUGAGGACCGAGGCUGAACCCCGCGACCCCGCCUUCGGCGCUCGGCUCGCGGGAUGGAUCCCGUACCCGGGACCGACUCGGCGCCGCUGGCCGGCCUGGCCUGGUCAUCGGCCUCUGCACCCCCGCCUCGGGGGUUCAGCGCGAUCUCCUGCACCGUCGAGGGGGCACCCGCUAACUUUGGCAAGAGCUUCGCGCAGAAAUCUGGCUACUUCCUGUGCCUUAGUACUCUGGGCAGCCUAGAGAACCCGCUGGAGAACGUGGUGGGCGAUAUCCAGAUCGUGGUGGACAAGAGCCCUCUGCCGCUGGGCUUCUCCCCGGUCAGCGAUCCCAUGGACUCCAAGGCCUCUGUGUCCAAGAAGAAACGCAUGUGUGUGAAGCUGUUACCCCUGGGGGCUGCGGACACCGCCGUGUUUGAUGUCCGGCUGAGUGGGAAGACAAAGACGGUGCCUGGAUACCUUCGAGUCGGGGACAUGGGUGGCUUUGCCAUCUGGUGCAAGAAAGCGAAGGCCCCAAGGCCAGUGCCCAAGCCCCGAGGUCUCAGCCGGGACAUGCAGAGCCUCUCUCUGGAUGCACCCAGCCCGCCCAGCAAGGGCGGCCUCCUGGAGCGGACGCUGUCAAGGCUGGGCCCUCGGGCAUCCACUCUGCGGAGGAAUGACUCCAUCUAUGAGGCCUCCAGCCUCUAUGGCAUCUCAGCUAUGGAUGGGGUUCCCUUCACACUCCACCCCCGAUUCGAGGGCAAGAGCUGCAGCCCCCUGACCUUCUCUGCAUUUGGGGACCUGACCAUCAAGUCUCUGGCGGACAUUGAGGAGGAGUAUAACUACGGCUUCGUGGUGGAGAAGACCGCAGCUGCCCGACUGCCCCCCAGCGUCUCCUAGUCCCUCACCCGUCCGCAGAAAGAGCCCCUUUCCGCCACCCCCCUAGCCUGGGGGCCCCCCCGCCUCAUUACAUCUUGGGAACCUCCGCCGUGCAAGGCAUUUGCCAUCUUCAGCCACUGGGCGGGGCUGCAGCCCUGGAGGAGGGGGCGGGUCGAGGCUGCGUGGUGAUGGGGUCUCCACCCCCAGGCCCUGCCGGCGGGGCUGGAGCUGGACGGAAGCCAGUGCCUUUAAGUCAUUCGUGUCAAAACCCUUUGGGGUCCGGAGGCCGCGCGGGGGUCCUGCCAAUAAACACUACAGGUUCUCGCC